AUGGGCAGAGUCGCAUUUGGUGAAGCUGCCCCGGCGCCUGCGACCGCCACCUCGGGUCAGAUCCCCGGGUCCGCGUUCGGACCCGAGCCCAAGAGGAGGCAGUUCGGGACGCUGCUCCAGCCCACGGUCAACAAGUUCUCCCUUCGCGUGUUCGGCAGCCACAAAGCUGUGGAAAUCGAGCAGGAGCGGGUCAAGUCCGCGGGGGCCUGGAUCAUCCACCCCUACAGCGACUUCCGGUUUUACUGGGACCUGAUCAUGCUCCUGCUGAUGGUGGGGAACCUCAUUGUGCUGCCCGUGGGCAUCACCUUCUUCAAGGAGGAGAACUCGCCGCCUUGGAUCGUCUUCAACGUCCUCUCUGACACUUUUUUCCUGCUGGAUCUGGCGCUCAACUUCCGCACGGGCAUCGUGGUAGAGGAGGGCGCUGAGAUCCUGCUGGCUCCGCAGGCCAUCCGCACACGCUACCUGCGCACCUGGUUCCUGGUUGACCUCAUCUCCUCUAUCCCUGUGGAUUACAUCUUCCUGGUGGUGGAGCUGGAGCCACGACUGGACGCUGAGGUCUACAAAACAGCGCGGGCCCUACGCAUAGUGCGCUUCACCAAGAUCCUCAGCCUCCUGCGGCUGCUCCGCCUCUCCCGCCUCAUCCGCUACAUACACCAGUGGGAGGAGAUCUUUCACAUGACCUAUGACCUGGCCAGUGCUGUGGUGCGCAUCUUCAACCUCAUCGGGAUGAUGCUGCUGCUCUGUCACUGGGACGGCUGCCUGCAGUUCCUGGUCCCCAUGCUGCAGGACUUCCCUCCCGACUGCUGGGUCUUCAUCAACCACAUGGUGAACCACUCGUGGGGCCGCCAGUAUUCCCACGCCCUGUUCAAGGCCAUGAGCCACAUGCUGUGCAUUGGCUAUGGGCAGCAGGCACCAGUGGGCAUGCCUGAUGUCUGGCUCACCAUGCUCAGCAUGAUUGUGGGCGCCACCUGCUAUGCCAUGUUCAUUGGCCACGCCACCGCCCUCAUCCAGUCCCUGGAUUCCUCCCGGCGUCAGUACCAGGAGAAGUACAAGCAGGUGGAGCAGUACAUGUCCUUCCACAAGCUGCCAGCCGACACACGGCAGCGCAUCCAUGAGUACUAUGAGCACCGCUACCAGGGCAAGAUGUUUGAUGAGGAGAACAUCCUAGGCGAGCUGAGUGAGCCACUUCGGGAGGAGAUCAUUAACUUCACCUGCAGGGGCCUGGUGGCCCACAUGCCGCUGUUCGCCCACGCGGACCCCAGCUUCGUCACCGCGGUGCUCACCAAGCUGCGCUUCGAGGUCUUCCAGCCGGGGGACCUCGUGGUGCGUGAGGGCUCCGUGGGCAGGAAGAUGUACUUCAUCCAGCAUGGGCUGCUCAGUGUGCUGGCACGCGGCGCCCAGGACACCCGCCUCACUGAUGGAUCCUACUUUGGGGAGAUCUGUCUGCUGACUCGGGGCCGGCGCACAGCCAGCGUGCGGGCCGACACCUACUGCCGCCUCUACUCACUCAGCGUGGACCACUUCAAUGCUGUGCUCGAGGAGUUCCCCAUGAUGCGCCGGGCCUUUGAGACUGUGGCCAUGGAUCGGCUGUGCCGCAUUGGUAAGAAUUCCGUCCUGCGGCGGAAGCGCUCCGAGCCAAGUCCGGGCAGCAGCGGGGGCAUCAUGGAGCAGCACUUGGUGCAACAUGACAGGGACACGGUUCGGGGUGUUCAAGGCCUGGCCCCGGGCACAGGAGCUCGGCUCAGUGGAAAACCAGUGCUGUGGGAGCCGCUGGUGCACGCGCCUCUGCAGGCAGCCGCCGUGACCUCCAGUGUGGCCAUCGCCCUGACUCACCAGCGGCAACCCCUGCUCCUCUCCCCCGACUCUCCAGCCACCCUCCUUGCUCGCUCAUCAGGCUCCCCAGCCUCCCCGCUGGUGCCUGUUCGAGCUGGCCCUCUGCUGGCCCGGGGGCCAUGGGCAUCCACCUCCCGCCUGCCUGUCCCACCUGCCCGAACCCUCCAAACCAGCCUAUCCCAGGCUGGGCGCUCCCAGGUGUCCCUGCUGGGGCCUCCCCCAGGAGGAGGUGGACGUCGACUAGGACCUUGGGGCCGCCCACUCUCAGCAUCCCAACCCUCCCUGCCUCAGCGGGCAGCAGGCGAUGGCUCUUCUGGGCGGAAGGGCUCAGGAAGUGAACGCCUGGCCCCCUCAGGGCUCCUGGCCAAGCCUCCAGGGAUAGCCCAGCUCCCCAGGCCACCAGUGCCUGAGCCAGCCCCCCCUAGGGGCCCCCAGCUCUCUGCCAACAUGUGAAACCCCUAGGUAAGCUCUCAGGUGCAGUAGUGAGUACCUGAAGGCAGACGCCUCUUGGGGAAGGCCAAGGGGACCUGAAACACUGCCUAUGGGAACAUCUCCCCUUACUGCCAAAACGAUCGUUUCUGUCCUCAGCUCAGGCACCCUGCAGCCUCCUCGUCCACUCGCCCAUUCAUCAAAUGUACUGAGCGCCUGCCCUGUUCAUGGCACUGCCUCCACUGCCAAAUAGAAGUGACUCCAAGCCCUCGGCGAAGGUGUUCCCCCAGCCAUGGUCCUGCCAGGUGCAGGCCCAGGCCCGUGAUCCCUCCUUAUUAAGCACAAGUACUUGCCACUGCCAUCACUGCCAAGUAGCCAGAUGUCUGUUUCUCUGCCCAUGACCCUGCAGGGUCUGCCUGGAGGGGCUAUCUUCCUGUCCCCCUAGCAUAGCCAGCCGAUUACCUGUGCCCCGCGCUGUCAACAAAUGUUUAGGGUCACCAGUGUGGGGAUCCACCUUCACUGCCAUGUGCAGGACCUCCUUAUCUAUACCCCUGGGUGGGAACACGUCUCCUGCCCAGUUCCCUGCACUGUCUCUCGUAGAGCUGUCUCUUUGUAAACUGGGAGCCACCUCCUCCCUGUGUCCCUGCCCCGCUGGUGUCCCCCUUGAAGCGAAGGGAUGUUCGGCACCUCCUUAUUUAGUGUACCAGCCUAGAUCCCCAGGUGAGGGCAAGCGGCUGAAUCCUUAGAUGGCACUUUUCCUUUUCUUCUUCCCUGCCUUAUUUAUUUAUUUAUUCAAUUAUUUAAUAAUUAUAUUUAU